GUCGUGCAGCAGCUCUAAGCUCAAGGUCAGCUAUUAUAGCUAGCUAUUAACAUGUGAUUUAUCCCCUAGAGCAUAGUAGAGUUGACCUUCUCUGCAAGUCUCUAAAGAUGUUCUCUCCUGCUCUCCUGCUACUGUUGCUCAGUGCAGCAUGCUGCUGCUCUGUACAGGCCUCUCAUUCCAUUGAUGAUUAUGGUGCAGUACCAAACGACCUCUCAGAGAAAGCAGCUACUGCAAACUCUGCUGCAAUGGUAGCAGCUCUCAAAGCAGCCAAUACCACUGCCAACGACCGCACUGUGCUUGUACCGCCUGGCAAAUCCUACUAUUACUUUGUGGUUAGAUCUGACUACCUCCAGGACGUCACCUUGCAAGUGGAGGGAGUUCUAUUGGCCUCAAAUAACAUCUCAUCUUCACAAUGGCCCAGUGAUGGCACGUAUGCAACGCUGUGGUUCCAGUAUUGUCGUGGUUUAACGCUCACGGGCAGUGGUACUAUUGAUGGACAAGGCUAUGACUGGUGGUGGCAUGUCAUUGUAACUGAUGUUGACCAUAGACCCCACCUCGUUAUAAUGGAGCAAUGCUCUGAUAUUCUUAUCACUAAUCUACGCUUUAUUGACUCUCCACAGUUUCACUUGAAACUUGACCAUAUUAUGAACGUUGUCAUUCGAAAUAUCACCAUAUUCGUGGAUAUUGGAAAGCAAAAAAAUUUGCUGCAAAAAUCAGGAAAUUGGAUACCGUUUAAAAGUAGCAACAAAAAUGAGUUGGACCUAGUAUCCUUACUCAGCCGAGAUCCUUACUACAAAGAAAUGCUGGCAAAGCUCCCACCAGAACUAGAGAAGAUACUAGAAGCUCUUGGUGUGCCGACUUUCCCUCUCAACACAGAUGGAAUUGACCCCAGAGGAAAAAAUGUGCUGAUUGAAAACGUGAACAUAACCAAUUUCGACGAUGCUGUAGCAGUAAAGCCGUGUAACCAAGGAGACCCGUUCACUAACUGCAGUCAGAAUAUGACCAUACGAAACUCUUUUGUGGCAUACGGUGUUGGCAUGACAAUCGGCUCUGUUCCACCUAAUGGCGGUGUUAAUUGUGUCAAGGAUAUAUUAUUUGAGAAUAUCACUUUUGAGCACCCUAUCAAAGCCUUGUAUAUCAAGAGCAAUCCAGGCGAUAGCGGUACUGGUAUUGUAGACUCUAUAACAUUCAGAAAUAUCCACGGUAAAUAUCCCCUCUGGUAUCCGAUAUGGAUCGGGCCUCAACAACAGAAGCAACCAGGGACCACAGGGACUGGCUGCAGCUGGUUGUAUCCCGUACAGGACGAGUGCCCCACCCAGCCGAGGGUGGCCAUCACGAAUAUUGUUCUGGAUAAUGUAUCCUUUGUGGAUGGAGUGACCCUCCCCGGAGUGCUGCUGGGUAAUGUUACGGCCCCGUACACUGGGUUCAAGUUCACCAAUGUCACGAGUCAGGGAGUGUUGGCUGGGGAGUUCCUGGUGCAACAAAACUAUGUCUGCAAGAACGUACAGGGGACAGGGGACAAGCUGACCACACCCUUUCCACCGUGCUUCACACAAGGGUAAUUGAACAUGCAGACAGUGCGUAAUUAUUAGCUUUUAAUUAUGACAUGCUGUGUUCAUUUUAAUAUUUAUGGUGUCACUUUGACUUCCAAUAUAUGGUUUUUAAAUGAGAAGUUAUUGAAUCAGA